CGGGCGAUGGGUGGGUGGUGGUGGGGAGGGUCGAGUGCAAGCGGUUGGGCACUCUCAAGUGAGAAGCGAGUGAUGCAGAGCUCUCAUGGCUGUCUCUAUUUGCGUUUUAGUGCCUGUGUUGAUGCUGUUGGUGGCAGCGUGGGGGCCGUGUUUCGCGAUCCACCCAGUACUCGUCUUUCUGAUCGAUGGGUUUCGCUAUGACUACAUGGACGACCUAAAUUCACUGCCCGGCUUUCAGGAGCUUGUUUCCAGAGGGGUGAAAGUAGACUACAUGACCCCGGAUUUCCCCACAUUAUCGUACCCUAACUACUACUCACUCAUGACAGGCCGGCACUGUGAUGUUCAUCAGAUGAUUGGAAACUACAUGUGGGAUAAAUCCUCUGGGAAAGAGUUUCUGAUUGGGACCAAUCCUGACAGCACAUUGCCUCUCUGGUGGAAUGGAUCAGAGCCAUUAUGGAUCACUUUGGAGAAGCUUGGAAAGAAUGUUUUCAUGUACUACUGGCCAGGCUGUGAGGUCGAGAUUCUGGGGUUUCGCCCAACCUUCUGUGAGAUGUACAGCCACAGUCCAUCAAUAGGACAACUAACUGAUUCAAUUGAACAUGCCCUCACUUUACUAAGAUCAGAGGAUGCAAACAUGGCAGCGAUAUAUUAUGAGAAAAUAGACGAAGAGGGACACCACUUUGGUCCAGACUCCCCUCAGAUCAAAACAGCAGUGCAGCAACUGGACACAGCCAUGCAGAUGCUCAACAACAAAAUGAAAGAGAAGAACAUGGUGAAUCAGGUCAAUGUUGUGCUAUUUUCAGACCAUGGCAUGACAAAAAUUCAAUGGAUGGACAAGGUUAUCGAGUUGGACAAGUAUAUCAACAUGUCAGACAUUGUCAAAAUGAUGGACAGAGGAGUAAUUGUUAGUAUAUGGGUUAAAGAAGAGAAGUUCCAAAAGGUGCAUGCAGCUUUGUCCAAAGUCCCAAACAUGCGUGCUUAUGCCAGAGACGAAAUCCCUAAACGCUUUCAUUAUAAAGGAGGAAAGUUUGUUGCCCCUUUGACACUGAUAGCUGCGCCAGGAUGGUUCAUUGCUCAGAAUAAGGCUAAUCUCCAAUACUGGAAAAAUGACUCCAGUAUGCAGCCCUUGGCAUGGCAAAAUGGGUGGCAUGGUUACGAUAACCAAUUUCAUGACAUGGAUGGCUUUUUCUUGGCAGCAGGACCUGACUUCAAGCAGAAUUUCCAUGCUGCUCCUAUCCAAGCUGUUGACGUUUAUAACGUGUUGUGCCACACACUGGAAGUGAAACCUUUGCCAAAUAAUGGCUCCUGGUCUCGGGUUGAGAAUCUCCUCAACAGCUCUGAUAGUCUGCACUUGCCCACAACCCAGUGGAUCUGCUUGAUGGCUUUAUUAGGAACCCUGCUGGCACUGUGCCAAUAAAAGACACCAGAGACAAAUGAUUUUGUCUAUAGAUUGCAUCUCUACAACUGUGUUAUUGGAAUUUUGAUUGGUGUUUAGGUUUGAAAAUCCAAAGAUUCUUAAAUAUAUAUAUAAUGUGUGAUUAAGAAGGACAAAAAGAUAUAUGAAAGAAAGAUAAAAUACAGAUACAAGUAGCAAUGAUCCUACAUAUAGAUGUUUUUUUCUUUUUUUUUUUAAUUACAAAUGAAUGUCUUCUAUGAGUCUUUUCAAUAACCCAGGAGCAGAAAACUAAGGUGAGACUACAUCUCAUGAUCCAGGAGAAAUGCAACUUUAGAACGUUGUAAAUAUUUUGCUAUUCAAUUCCGAAUUGCAUACCUUUCUUGUAUGGUUCUAUAAAUGUUAUUUCGUUUGAAACACACAGUACUUGUCUUUGAUAUUGUCAACAUUUUAUUACCUAGCCACUAAAUGUGUAGAUACAGGAUGGGAUAAGGUACAAAGAUAUUCUGAAAAACUCAGCAUUGCACUCUAUUGAUGACAACAGAAUAAGGAAAAGUUACUUGCUUUAUGGCCAUAAGGUGUCUCACAAUGGUGUGCCAUUUCAUUACCCACACAUUUAAGUUUCACUGUUUAAAAAAAAAAAGAAAAGAAAAGGUUGUCUUUGUGUGUGAGUGUAAAAGUGUUGGUAAUUUAUUUUGACUAUAUUAUUCCAUUUUUAGAUGAUAGUAUGUUCCCCAGCCCUUGUGAGGGUAAGUGGCUGAGAUGAUGGAUGGAUGGAUGUUAUGUUACCAUAUUUGAACAGUAAAUGUUACCCCCCAGUCCAGUCUGUCUGGUGGCCAUCCAGGCCACUCAAAGCGAGGCGUCUGGCCGAGCAGGUCAGGAGGUCGGCCAGGACGUCCUCGAGGAGGAAUCCGAAGGCAUAGUGGGAACCAGACGGGAGCAGGUCACAGCUCCGGACGAAGACCUCCCAAGACUUUGUCGCGAGUCAUUGGAUGCCGCAGGUCGGUCGACGCUGAGAUGGCGUUGUGAGGCGGCCAAGGAUCGGUCACCAUUGAGGCGUAGUCAUCAGGUGGCCGACGGUCGGUCGCCAUCGAGGGGUGGGCAUCAGGCGGCCGUGGACAGGUUGCCGCCGGAACAGGAAUGUGAGGCGGAUGCGAAUGGGUCGCCGCUGGAAUAGGAACGUGAGACGGCCGAGGACGGGGUACUGCCAGAACGGGAACGUGGGGCAGCCGUGGACAGGUCGCCGCUGGGACAGGCGGCUGUGAAGUCAUCGCCGCCGGGACAGGCAGCCGUGGCUCGGGUGUGGGUUGGGGUGUCCAUGGCUUGGCAGUGGGUCAGUCACUAAAUUUAUUUCUCUCAAUUGUGUGUUUAGUCUAAGUGACUUACUGUGAUUUAACAAGGGCGGCAAUUACCUUUUCACAGAGGGUCAGAAUGGUUUUUUUUUUGUGCCUUAACAAAUCAGAUUGUCAUUUGAAAAUUGCAUUUUGUAUUUCCUUGGAUUGUCCGAGUGAUAUAGUGAUAUAUCCUUGAACUACUAAUGAGGGCCAUUGUGGUUUGAAUCCCCUCCAUCCACAUAUCCUUUAAAUUGCCAUAUCCUUUAUAUUUUUAACACAGCAAGGAUGUGAUUUGUGUACCUAGUGUGCUGACUGUGUUUAUUGUGAUUGCUUUCAUUUGACCUUAACUUUAGCAUAGAGUAGGUAGUAUGUAAAUUGUGUAUCUUUUGUGUUGACUUUGUUUAUUGGAUUGCUUCUUUUUGAUUAUCUCCAGCCCGUUGGGCAGCACAUUAUUGUGCGACCUGUCGGCCGGUCCCAAGUCCGGAUAAAUGCAAUAGGUUGCGUCAAGAAGGGCACCCGGCGUAAACCUGUACCAAACACAUAUGACCAUUCAUGAAUUCUACAACAGUUAGGUCGUGUCCCAGGCUUCCUACACCCCCACCUGGAAAUGUUAAUCUACAAAGCGUAGGUAGAAAUUCAGAUAAUGUAAAUCAAAGACAAAAAAGAGGAGGAAAGCGGCUUAGUCGGAAGAAGAAGAGGAAUGCACAAACACUGCAGCUGUGUGUAGGGACUUUGAAUGUCAGGACGAUGACAGGAAAACCUCAGGAGUGAGUUGACAUGAUGAUUAGGAGAAAGGUUGAUGUAUUAUGCAUCCAAGAGAGCAAGUGGAAAGGGAGUAAGGCUAGAAGUUUAGGUGCAGGGUUUAAAUUAUUUUAUCAUGGAGUAGAUGGGAAGAGAAAUGGAGUAGGGGUUAUUUUAAAAGAAGAGUUGGCUAAGAAUGUCUUGGGGGUGAAAGAGUAUCAGAUUGACUGAUGGGGCUAAAAUUUGAAAUUGAGGAUAUUUUGUAUAAUGUGAUUAGUGGCUAUACCCCACAGGUAGGAUGUGACCUUGAGUUGAAAGAGAUAUUCUGGAAGGAACUAGACGAAGUAGUCUUGAGCAUCCCAGAGAGAGAGUUAUAAUUGGUGCAGAUUUCAAUGGACAUGUUGGCGAAGGAAACAGGGGCGAUGAAGAAGUGAUGGGUAAGAACAGCAUUCAGCAAAGGAACUUUGAGGGGCAAAUGGUGGUGGACUUCACAAAAAGGAUGGAAUUGGCAGUGGUGAACAAUCAUUUAGUAGUUAAUUAUGAGUGUAACAUAGAGUGACCUACAAGAGCAGUGGUAGAAGCAUGCAGGUGGAUUAUAUUUUGUGCAGACGGUGUAAUCUGAAGGAGGUUACCGACUGUAAGGUUGUGGUGGGGGAGAGUGUAGCUCUACAGCAUAGGAUGGUGGUGUGUAGAAUGACUCUGGUAGUCGGUAGGAAGACUAAGAAGACGAAGGUAGAGCAGAGAAUCAGGUGGCGGAAGUUGAGAAAGGAAGAAUGUUGUGUGGCCUUCUGGAAAGAGGUGAGACAGGCUCAACAUGGACAGGAGGAGCUCCCAGAAGAAUGGAAUACUACUGGCAAGGUAUUCAGAGAGGCAGGCAGAAGAGUACUUGGGGUGUCUUCUGGUAGGAAAGGGGAGAAGGAGACUUGGUGGUGGAAACCCAAAAUAGAAGAAGUUAUCCAAGGUAAGAGAUUAGCGAAGAAGAAGUGGGACACAGAGAGGACUGAGGAGAGCCGGAAGGAAUACAUUGAGAUGUGUCGUAGGGCAAAGGUAGAGGUGGCGAAGGCUAAACAAAAGGCAUAUGACGACAUGCACUCCAGGUUGGAUAUGAAAUAAGGAGAAAAGGAGCUCUACAGGUUGGCCAGACAGAGGGAGGGACAUGGGAAGGAUGUGCAGCAAGUAAAGGUGAUUAAGGAUAGCGAUGGAAAUAUGUUGACUGGUGCCCGUAAUGUGCAAAGCGGAUGGAAAGAAUACUUUGACAAGUAAAUAAUUGAAGAAAAUGGGAGAGAAGGUAGAGUAGAAGAGGCAAGCGUGAACGACCGGGAAGUGGCAAUGAUUAGUAAGGAGGAAGUUAGAAAGGCACUGAAUAGAAUGAAAAAUGGAAAGUCAGUUGGUCCCAAUGACAUACCAGUGGAGGUAUGGAAGCAAUUUGGUGAGGUGGCUGUGCAGUUUUUGACCAACUUAUUCAAUAGAAUCCUAGCGGGAGAGAAGAUGCCAGAAGAAUGAAGGAAAUGUGUGGUAGUCCCUGUUUUUAAGAACAAAGGCGAUGUUCAGAACUGUGGAAACUACAGAGGAAUAAAGAUGAUGACCCACACAAUGAAGUUAUGGAAAAGAGUAGUGGAGGCUAGACUCAGGACAGAAGUAAGUAUCUGCGAGCAACAGUAUGGUUUCAUGCCUAGAAAGAGUACCACAGUUGCAUUAUUUGCCUUGAGGAUGCUCAUGGAAAAGUACAGAGAAGGUCAGAAGGAGCUACAUUGUAUCUUUGUAGACCUAGAGAAAGCCGAUGACAGAGUACCAAGAGAGGAACUGUGGUACUGCAUGCGCAAGUGGAGUGUGGUGGAGAAAUAUGUUAGAAUAGAACAGGACAUGUAUGGGGGCA